AUGAUCGGAGACGUCGAGAAGAUGAUCGGAGUGGGCCUCAUUUGGGGGGCCACCAACGCCCUAAUGCGCCGCGGCGCCCUUCUCUGGGACCAAGCCCUCAAAUCCUCCUCCUCAGCCCAGCCCGGCCCAAUCCACCACAAGCUUCUCGCCUCCCUCACUGGCUGGCUCAAGCUCCUCGCAAUUUGGCAGUACACAGUCCCCUUCUUCGUCAACGUCUCCGCCUCCGCUACUUUCUUCGCCAUACUCAGCCACACUCCGAUCUCGCUCGCCGUCCCCGUCACUAAUGCGACAACGUUUGCCGCCACCGCCGUGUUUGGCUUGCUCUUGGGGGAGCAGACCCACCUCGGCCUCGCUAUGUUCGGUACGGCUUUGAUUGUUUUGGGCAUUUGGCUUUGUAUCAAUUAAUUGGAUGUUAAAAUUUUGCGUAAACUUUAUGCGUAGAUUAGCUUGUUUUGUUCGAUUACUGAAUGCUUGAGUGUUUGGCUGAUGAGAAAAUGAGGGAAAAUCAAGAGGAAAUUUUUGUCAUUUUAUUAAUACAUGCUCUUUCUCUGAAAUUUA